CGGGAAAAGUCAUUCUGAAUUUGAAAACACUUGAGCACAUGGUUUGUUACUAAAAAUAGAAAUAACGUCAUAUGACCGUGAAAUCUCGGGAGAUUCGCAUUUCAAGAAAGUCUGUCACAUCGCUGUUUUUCUCGAUAUGUUUUAGAUAGAAAAUGACAAGACCAAAAUAUUUCACGCCCACUGAAGUUGCGGUUCAUAACACAGUGGACGAUUUGUGGGUUUCUUUUCUUGGAAAGGUGUAUAAUUUAACACCAUUAUGUGAAAAGUAUCAAGGAGAUGUUCUCUUGAAACCUAUUGUACAGGCAGCUGGUAAAGAUAUAUCUCACUGGUUUGACCCAAAGAUUAAAGAUAUCCGCACGCAUGUCGACCCUCUGACAGGCUGUGUGAUUCCAUACUGUCCAAACGGACGCUUUGUUCACAUUCCUCCUCCUUUUCCCAACUCUGACUGGGCCAAUGAUUUUGGUCGACCUUGGUGGAAGGAUGACAGUUACCUGGUUGGAAUUUUGUCAAAGAAGACCAGAUUCAUAAAAAUAAUCAACACACUGACAUCGCAGGAGCAAGUCAUAGAGGUUUGUUCUGAAGAGAUAAUGACAGAGAUCCUGGAUAGAUAUCUCAAGUUCAAUGCACACGCUGCCAGCUACACAUGGAAAUAUGAUGGCCGCAACCUUGAUAUGCAGAAGACCCUGCAAGAAAAUAACAUACAGGAUGAUGAUGAGGACUUCUACAAGUUGAGCAUGAAUGACGAUACCUUCUUGCAAUCUGUGCAGCUGUAUUUCAAUGACGACCUAACAGAAUCAUAAAACUGUGUUUGGCUCAGAGUGGUAUUGUAAAAUUGGCUUGUUUCACCUUAAAUGGAAAAAAUCGGUUUUAUCUUCAAAGCAAAUUGACGAUAUGUGAUCUUUGUUUAUGGUAGUUGUUUAAAACUAUAACAUAUUAUAUUGUAUCUUGAAAUAAUGUUAUUUGUUUGAAAAAAUAAAAUUGUUUUUAACCACUUAA